CUAUUUUUCUCUUGCAAAGACCUCAGCAGCCAACAGUUAUCAAGCUUAAGCCGUUUUAGGGUUUUAUCCUUUUGCUGAGAUCCAAUCAUGGCGGAUAUUGAACCACAGGUUGCUGCUGCUGAAGUGCCAAAGAAGAGGACGUUUAAGAAGUUUGCCUUCAGAGGAGUUGAUCUCGAUGCUCUUCUCGAUAUGUCUACUGAUGAUCUUGUCAAGCUCUUCUCUUCUCGUAUUCGCAGAAGGUUCUCUAGAGGUUUGACGAGGAAGCCAAUGGCUCUGAUUAAGAAGCUGAGGAAAGCGAAAAGGGAGGCACCACAAGGUGAGAAGCCAGAACCUGUGAGAACCCACUUGAGGAACAUGGUCAUUGUCCCUGAGAUGAUUGGAAGCAUCAUUGGAGUUUACAAUGGUAAGACUUUCAACCAAGUCGAGAUCAAGCCUGAGAUGAUUGGUCACUACCUGGCUGAGUUCUCUAUCUCAUACAAGCCGGUCAAGCACGGUAGGCCUGGUGUUGGUGCUACCCACUCUUCCAGAUUCAUUCCCCUUAAGAGAGAUCCAAUCGCAAUGGCAAAUCAAGUAAUCACCGGAAUCAAGGAAACAGCUCAAUCAAUUACCGGAGCGGCUCGUCCAUGGGGCGAUUUCCUCGAUCUUUCCGCCUUCAGCUUCCCUUCCUCCAUCGCCGAUGCAACAACUCGCGUAACUCAGAACCUGACUCACUUCCGCAUCAACUACAGUAUCAUUCUCUCAAUCCUCAUAGGUCUAACCCUAAUCACACGUCCCAUCGCCAUCCUCGCGUUUAUCGCCGUUGGCUUAGCUUGGUUCUUCCUCUAUUUCGCUCGCGAGGAGCCACUCACGAUCUUCGGAUUCACUAUUGACGACGGAAUCGUGGCUGUGCUUCUCAUCGGUCUUUCGAUUGGGUCGCUAGUUACCACCGGAGUUUGGCUUAGAGCUCUCACCACCGUUGGAUUUGGUGUUCUGGUUUUGAUCUUACACGCUGCGUUAAGAGGAACGGAUGAUCUUGUGAGUGACGAUCUGGAAUCACCUUAUGGACCAAUGCUCUCUACCGCCGGCGGUGGUAACGACGGCGCUCGUGGUGAUUACAGUGGAAUCUGAUCAACACAUUUGCUUCUGAUUUAGGGUUUUGUUGUUUUGUAAAUUGUCAUUGUUUCUUUGUGUCCCAUUAAACAUUGUUCAUGACA